UAACGAUUGGCCCGGGCUUAGUAGCUGGGAACAAACAAUGAUGUCGGAGCAGGAGGCUCUGAAGGGCUCCAGUGCAAGGAACCGUGGGGGGGUUCAGCGAGUCGAGGGAAAGUUGCGUGCCAGCGUGGAGAGAGGGGAUUAUUAUGAGGCCCAUCAAAUGUAUCGCACUUUAUUUUUUAGGUAUAUGUCACAGGCCAAAUAUGCAGAGGCCAGGGAGUUGAUGUACAAUGGAGCUUUGCUUUUCUUCAGUUAUAACCAGCAAAACAGUGCAGCAGACUUGUCCAUGCUAGUACUAGAGUCCUUGGAGAAAUCUGGUGCAGAGGUUGAUGAUGACACUUUAGAGCAUCUGGCAAAGCUUUUCAGCCUGAUGGACCCGAACUCUCCUGAGAGGGCAGCUUUUGUUUCCAGAGCACUAAAGUGGUCCACUGGUGGCUCGGGGAAACUUGGGCACCCAAAGCUGCACCAGCUUUUGGCUGUCACGUUGUGGAAAGAACAAAACUACAGCGAAUCCCGAUACCACUUCUUGCAUUCCACGGAUGGUGAGGGCUGUGCCCAGAUGCUGGUGGAGUACUCUGCAGCCAGGGGCUUUCGUAGCGAGGUGGAUAUGUUUGUGGCACAGGCCGUCUUACAGUUCCUCUGUCUAAAGAACAAAACUAGUGCGUCUGUGGUUUUUAGCACAUACACACAGAAACACCCGUCAAUAGAGAAAGGUCCCCCCUUUGUGCAGCCACUCCUCAAUUUCCUCUGGUUCCUUCUCUUGGCAGUGGACGGUGGGAAAUUAACAGUCUUCACAGUGUUAUGUGAACAGUAUCAGCCAUCUUUGAAGAGGGAUCCAAUGUACAAUGAGUACCUGGACAGAAUAGGACAGGUCUUUUUUGGAGUUCCCCCCAAACAGUCUUCAUCAUAUGGUGGGUUGCUAGGAAACCUGCUGAACAGUCUAAUGGGUUCUGGAGAGGAAGAGGAGGGUGAGGAAGCUCAGGAGGACAGUAGCCCCAUUGAGCUGGAUUGAACAGGACUGAGGAGUAGUUGCCCAUGGGCAGUGGCAUGCUGAUCCCUUAACAUCAGUCCCCCCCCCCC